AUGUUUAGGAACGUUUUAAUUUCCGUUGCUAGAUUAGCAACAGUACCUGCCAGAACAAAUUCAAAAUAUUUACUGCAAAAUGUAACUAAGGAGAGCCUUUUAAAACCACUGAUAGGAAGAAAUUUUUCUGUACUGCAAACUCAUGUUCCAAUUGUUCCUCCGAAAAUAUUAGAAAGUAUGUUUAAGCCUGCAGUUUUGAAUACAAGUACCAGGACCCUAACAAAAUAUUCAAUGCGAAAAGGAAAAAGAAAGUCAGUCAAGGCAGUUACAAGACGAUUUUAUAGGUUAAAUUGGGGAGCUUGGAUUCGAACAAAAGUUGGUCGUCAGAAGAAAUUAUGGAAAAAGAGUCCUCCUCGAAAACGUAGGCUAAGACAGCACGUUUUCUGCAAUUCAACCCAAAGUUGGAUGUUAGAUAAAAUGGUGGGGCCUUAUUGGAGAAAACCAAGAUAUUACGUAGAUGAUCCUUACCAGCCUUAUCAUUCUAGAGAAGAAUUUACGUUAGCAAGUAUUAAACCAAAACCAUAUUAUCCUUCUGAUGAGAAUACAUCAUAA